UUUUAAGAUAAGAAUUCAUGUUUUUUUUAGGUAAUUUAGUGAGCUGCCCAGUUAGGUUUCUUUGUUCUAGCAUUAUUUUAUAGGUGCUGUCUGAACGCUACCUUCUUUUCAAUCAUAAGAAUGCAAAUGAAUUCUACUUUACCACAAAUGUCCAGCGGUAUCUCUGAUCCGGAAUGGAAAUUAAAGAAAUAUUUAACGAAAGAUGCUUUAAAAUCUAUUGAAGAUGGGAGAGGAGCUGCAUAUUUUGUUCCAGAGGGCUACACUCCAUUACUUGUUCCCAUGUCUCAGACCUGUCUUUUUGAUAGCUAUGGUUUAGCACAGACACCACAAUUGUCAUCUUAUAAAUUAGAAAACUGCAGAGUUCCAGGGUACAUAAUGAAAAACAUACGAAAGCAGAACAUGCCUCCAAGAGCGCCGCGACCACCAAAUGCUUUCAUUCUCUACCGUAAAGAAAAGCAAUCUUUACUAUCCGAAACCAAUCCUGGAAUGACCGAAUGCUGAAGUUUCUAAAUUGGUUGGUCAGCUUUGGAAGGAGGAAUCUAAGGAAGUCAAGAUGAAAUACUUUAAGAUGUCAGAAUGUUAUAAAACCGAACACGAAAAACUAUAUCCAAACUACAAAUAUCAGCCAAGAACUAGGAAAUCUAAGAAUUAUUUAAAGUAAUAGCUAUAAUAACAUUUAAUUUAUUGACGGUCA